UCCCGCCUCUCGCACGGCUCUCGCGAUAUCCGUGGCUGCGCGGCGCGGCUGGCGCUGUGAGGCGGGCGGCCGGCGGGAUGGGGCUGCUGGAGCAGUGCGAGGCCGCCUUCGGCUCCGCCGACCUCUACCGCGUUCUGGGCGUCCGCCGAGAGGCCUCGGCCCAGGAGGUCCGCCGGGGCUACCACCGCACCUCGCUCCGCGUCCACCCCGACCGCGCCGAACCCGAUGCCAAGGAGGAGGCGACGCGGCGGUUCCAGAUCCUGGGCAAGGUGUACGCCGUGCUGAGCGACGCGGAGCAGCGCGCCCUGUACGACGAGCAGGGCACGGUGGACGAGGAGAGUGAGGCGCUGAGCGCCCAGCGCGACUGGCAGCAGUACUGGCGGCUGCUCUUCAAGAAGAUCACUGUAAAGGAUAUUGAGGACUUUGAAAAGAACUAUAAAGAUUCAGAAGAAGAGCUAGCUGAUAUUAAAGCAGCGUACGUGGAUUUUGAGGGCGACAUGGACAGGAUACUGGAGUCUGUGUUGUGUGCGGAUUAUACAGAUGAACCAAGAAUACGGAAAAUCAUAGAAAAAGCCAUUGACUCUGGAGAAGUCCCAUCCUACAAAGCUUUCGUAAAAGAGUCUAAGCAGAAAAUGUCUGCAAGAAAAAGACGGGCAGAAAAAGAAGCUAGAGAGGCAGAAAAGACUAAGGAAGAACUGGGCCUUGGUGGAGAAGAUGACUUGAAAGCGCUGAUUCAAAGCAGAAAUAAGGAUCGAAAAAAGGAGAUGGAUGACUUUUUGGCCCAACUGGAAGCAAAGUAUGGGAACGAUGCUAAAAAAGGAGGGAAGAAGACUACAGCCAAGAAAGGAAAGAAAUAAAUAAUUGUGUAGGCUGAGAUAUCAGGUAUCAUUUUGUACGGGAACAUGUAGAUAUGGGAGAAUUCCAGAGUUUUUCUGGACUUCUGUUUCGGAGUGUGUGCGCGUCAAUUUGCUGUGAUGGGGAGGUAUGAUGCAGAACACAUCGUGAACAAAACAGACAAAGCAUUCUGGUGCUACUGUUUAAAGUCCUUUGGGAGCUUUUCGGUGAAGGUCAGAUUCUUGACUAUAAAAGUGUUGUUACAGCAAGGAAUGCAUGUGAUGCUUGUUAAACUUGAGCUGAAGCACUUUCUGUCCAAACCGCUAAUGGGUAUCGGUGCAGCUGAUGGCAAAACGAUGCCAUUCCACACCUUUGAGAGUCCUCAGUGCCGACUCCCGCGGUUUCCAAGUUGGAAGCCUUAUCUUCUCGCUACUCAUGCAUUUCUUCUGUAACAAACCUCCUGCUGUUUUUAAAAGGCUUUGCAGUUCAGCUCAACGGGUGUUUUUUGGACAUUCGGGUGUAUUUAUAAAGAUACUUUGGAAAAUGGCAGAUUUAAUAAAUGAAGAGUUUUUGCAGAA